AUGUCAGCAUCAGGCCCUCAACAAAAACAAUAUUUACAAGUGAGACGGCUUUCCUUACAUCGGUUGAGUGGGCAUAAGCAUAAUAAUAUGUCAAAAUGCAGCAUGCAAAAGUGGGGUGGGAUUUCUUUAAAAGGCCACCUCAAGUGCGAAACAUACCACGUUUAUCGCAAACAACGUAUGCCACAGGCCUGGGGAAGAUUGAGCGAAGAUGAAAAGCUCAUUUACUAUCUGGCAGCUAACGUGGUGGAAAAGAAAUUUUACGAGGACAAUCCGGGCUAUGUGUAUAGGCCAAAAUAA